CAAUCAAGAGCAUCUCAAACUGACACACACAGCUGUAAUUCUAUAUCCCGUGUAGGCUGCAAAGUCGAUUGUACAAUCCUCCGUGAUGCUAGUGACGUUUUUUCUGUCUGUGGGCUGAGAUUACAGUCAACACUGAGCCGUGAAGGGAAAUAUUAUCACAUGUUUUGCGGCUUUCCCUCAGUUUACUGCUAACACAAUUGCUGGGCCGCGGUCAUAUGACAAGGACAGAUGCCUGCUCACUGCGCUCUAUCCGGUGUAUUCAACCGCAAAGCUUGAUCAAAAUAAAAUAGUACCGCAAAAAUAAUUGCAAGAUUUAGUCCAACACGUGACACUCACCUUUGGGCACUAAUAAGUAGUUGUUAUAAUUAUAUACAGGGAAUUUAAAGUUAUUCAAAAUAGCAAAAAACACCCCUACGAACUAGGCUCCGGUCGACGUCAUUGGUGUUGUUAUUGUAUCCAUCCGCCGUACUCGCACUAGAAAAACAGCUGUAGCUAACGAGUUAGCAUCGUUUGUUUUUGUCGUGUGUGUCAGCGAUUUGACUUUCUCCCCUUGUACAAAAACAACCGAUAUCGUACGACAUCUACAGAGUGACCGACUUGUCGUCUGUCAUCUCUCUCACCUCUUCAACAUGAAGUUUCAGUACAAAGAAGAACAUCCUUUCGAGAAAAGGCGAUCCGAAGGCGAGAAAAUAAGGAAGAAGUAUCCAGACAGGGUUCCAGUAAUCGUGGAGAAAGCCCCAAAAGCCAGAAUAGGAGAUCUGGACAAGAAGAAAUACCUUGUUCCCUCCGACCUGACAGUGGGCCAGUUUUACUUCCUCAUCCGGAAAAGAAUCCACUUGCGAGCCGAGGACGCUCUCUUCUUCUUUGUAAACAAUGUCAUUCCACCCACCUCAGCCACCAUGGGACUCUUGUACCAGGAGCACCAUGAAGAGGACUUUUUCCUCUACAUUGCCUACAGUGAUGAGAGUGUGUAUGGGAACAGCCAAAGGGAAAUCUGAUCCUUCUACCAACCCCCUCCCCCUCCGACCACUACCCCCCUCUUUCUGAGACCUCUGCUGUUCAUUCAUUGAAAUAUUAAAAAUCCAGCUCAGCAGCCUAGAGUAAAUAUGUCAGAAGCACUUUCACAAACAUGACACACAUCUCCCAUGUCUUUAUGAUUCUUCAGUCUGAAUUGUAUUCAUCUCCGAACUCUCUUGUAGUAUGACUCUUAGGUGGCCAGUUAUUUUUUUUUUAGUGUCAAAUGAUCGUGUUAAUUUGAGAAAGAAUUGAGAAUUUUAGCAAUAGGCUGGGUUUAUAGAUAUAGUAUGUGAGUUCAAAAUCAACUUUUCGUCAGGGUUUAAUAACCUGCAGGAGAAAAAAAAAGCAUUGAGUUUAAUGUAAUAGAUGAUUUAAAGUAAAACACUUAUAGUAGCUGAAGGCAGAUCACAUUGUCUCUGGCAGAGUAAAGGAAACUGUUUUCCAGCAGUUGUUCUGUGGCUGGAGCGACUCCGGUAAAUUUUUCCUCAUCUUAAAACUCUAAAGUCGCUAAGGUUUGUGGUUGAAGGACAGUUCAGUGGGCUGCCCAGCAUCUGACCAUAGUAUGGAGUGUAAUAGAAUUCAGACUAAAACUAAAUCAUCCUCUGCUUUCAGUGGUCAAACGCUACUAUGAAUAAUGUUGUUAUUAUUUGUUAAUUUUAGAUGGCUUAGUUUCUAUAAAAAAAAACAACGAUGUUGUAAAGCUGAGUGCAGUUCUCUUUUUUUGUUUUGUUUCCUUUUUUUUAAAAAAAAGAAAAUUAAGAUUUGAACUCUGUAUACAGCUGCAUUACUGGCUCUUUCUCUCCACUCAUGAUCAUACAUGAUAAAAUGUGAAAAAAGCAAAU